ACCAACACCUGCGCAACAAAAUUUACUAUCGCAGCACUUUUCUGCCCAAAAUCUCUUAAACCAGCAGGCGUUGCUUCAACAUCAACAACUGCUUGCAGCGCAAAAGUUUCAAGAGCUGGCUCAAGCCCAACGCAAUCUUGUUCAGCAGCAGCAAAAUGCUGCUCAGGUAACUGCGCAGCAAGCUUUACCUGCUGGAAUAACGCCCGCCUAUCUACAACAAGCGCUUGGUCAAGUUCAGGGGUUGCUGCCGGGAGCAUCGGCAUCAGUUCCUGCCUUCGGUGCUACGGCUCCAGUUACCAGGUUGGCUAUGUGUUGCUUCAUUCGCGUUGUUCUUGUGCUCAUUUAUUUCGUGCCCCAUUUUCUAUUGCUCAGUAAUAGUGUAAUGUGUUUUCCAUCUUGUCAACACAGAGCCCUCACUUUUGCUUGA